AUGGGAGACCCUCCUGCCUCUGGGCUGGGUGAUUUCUGGGACAGUGUCUGGCUGCUCACCUCUGCCCCUCGUGCCCCACAGGUGUUCCGCCUGGAGGAUUCCUGCUGCCUGUUCACACUGCAGGGCCACUCAGGAGCAAUCACUGCUGUGUACAUUGAUCAGACGAUGGUGCUGGCGAGUGGAGGGCAGGAUGGGGCCAUCUGCCUGUGGGAUGUGCUGACGGGCAGCAAGGUGAGCCACAUGUAUGCGCACCGCGGGGACGUCACCUCCCUCACCUGCACCACGUCCUGCGUCAUCAGCAGCGGCCUGGAUGACGUGAUCAGCAUCUGGGACCGCAGCUCAGGGAUCAAACUCUACUCCAUCCAGCAGGUCGGUGGCAGUGGGGGGAAGGAGGGAGGCUGGAGG